GUUCUUGUUCUUGGUCAGCCUGGAGAGGAAGUGAGCUUAGAACUGAUACUUAGAGUGGUUGCUGAUGUUGGCCUUGUGGGGCUUCCAAAUGCUGGAAAAUCAACUCUGUUGGCCGCAAUCACACUUGCAAAACCUGGCAUCGCUGACUAUCCUUUCACAACACUCAUGCCAAAUCUUGGUCGUCUUGAUGGAGACCCUUCGUUAGGGGCAUUGAGAUAUUCCUCUGGAGCCACCUUAGCAGAUUUGCCAGGCCUUAUUGAAGGUGCUCAUUUAGGAAAGGGUCUUGGUCGCAAUUUCUUGAGACACCUGAGGAGAACUAGGCUCUUGGUUCAUGUUGUUGAUGCUGCAGCUGAAGAUCCCGUGAAUGAUUAUAUGACCGUGAAGGAGGAACUACGGAUGUACAACCCUGAAUACCUUGAAAGGCCUUAUAUAGUGGUUUUGAAUAAGAUUGACAUUCCCGAGGCUCAAGAUAGGCUGCCUUUGAUUGCCCAAGAAAUUCGGACAAUUGGACGUGUGGAAACCCCUAAAGCAGAAUUGAGUAAAUCUCUACCUAACAGGAUUAUUGAUGGAAAUUUGUUGCCUUCAUUAUCUUUGAGGGAAGAGCAAAAGGAAAAGGGCAUUCAGGACUAUCCUAGGCCUCUUGCAGUCGUUGGUGCUAGUGUAUUAAAACAUAUUGGUGUUGAUAAUGUCCUUAAAGAAGUUCGAGCAGCCCUUAGGAAAUGCCAGGAUCUUGACAUGGAAGUCACAGCCAGAACAGAGUAGUUGGGUCCAGUAGGAGCUAAGAAGGGGAAAAAUAAUUAGAUGUGAGCUUACGGGUGAAGGAAGUGAUUGAAAAGCCAGGCUCUUAGUACUGCAACUGAAUCUUCAGGUAAUCCUCUAAGUGGCCUUGAAACCUGUUGAAUACGCACCAUGCCUAUGCUUUGAAGUGCUUCUUUUUUAUGCUUAUAAUUGCUGUGACUGUGCGUGUAAAGAGAUGGAGCUCCAUUGUUUCUUGAUAAGUCUUUGGAUAAGGCUUUACUUGCAGAAGUUAUAUGAGUAGUUAUGGUAUCCUUCAGGUUAGAGAAGUGUUUCGACAUUGCUUUCAUGGUGAGAGUUGUAUAUGCAGCAGCAGCUCCAGUACCAGCUAUAGCUUCGAAGGAAUCUACUAGUGCAUGCAUUUGAUGGAAAUAUUGCUGUUGAUGUCUUUCAAGCUGGAUAAAAAUACUAAAACUAAUGAAUAAAUAUAUUACCUAAAGUUACGUAGAAGAAUUCCAAUUUGAUAAAUGUUAACUGUCCGUGCCAACUCAGAGUAGGUUAGUGUUGAUGAUAACUAUAUGAUGACGAUGUUGACGAUGAAGAAGAUGAUGAUGAUCUUUAAGCUUGGUUAUAUAUUUAAUGAAAAUGCAUAUAGAUUCCCCAAAAGUGAUUUUGAAGUGCAAUUCACUCACCAUGAAGUAUUUUCAAGCUUUAAAUGCAACCAAAUAGGACGGCCCGCGAGAGUACAUCAUCAACAUUAGUCUUACCCAAACUAUGUGUGAUUGUCAUUAUGAAUCUCCAUUCUCCAUUUCUGUAUGCUCAGUUCAUGAGAUGUUAAAUAUAUUAUGUUUAAAGCUUUUGAAGAACUUUUAUUCAUGUUACCUUUGAUC